UUUCUCCCCUAUAUAUCACACCCACCUCAACCCUUCUCUCCUUUCUUCUUCGUCUUCCUCUGCUUUUCUUCCGUCCUUUUUUGCCUUUUUCUAAUUACCCAGGCCACAGGAGCCUCUGUUUCAACGUUCCAGUUCUAAAAGGAUUUAUUCCAUCAGAAGAAAGAAAAAAUGAAUCACUGUGGAAUCCAUCAGAACACCACCUUUGCAUCUUCCCGCGAAGAAAUGAGAAGCUCCGUUUCACUUUCCGUGACCUUCGGCAACGGCGAGCCGAUGGUUUGUCCAAAGCCACGACGCCUCGGUCUAUUCACCACCACCAACGACUCCGUCAGGCCUUUGAGAUGGCAGAUGUGUUAUCAAUCGGAAGGCUACGAAUCGAAAGCCGGACCUGAACUGUUGGACAUCAUCUUCGCAAAAGGUGGUGGUUACGGCGGAUCAUCGGAGCAAACAUGUACACAGAUAGCCUCGUCGCCCCCUUUUUUCAGUGGGUCACCGCCGAGUAGAGUUUCUAACCCACUAAUUCAAGACGCCCUGUUCGGAGACGACAAGGUCUCUCCGGUGUCACCCCGUUCAAUGAUCCCCAAUCCUUCAUCUUCCGGUAUGUCAUCAUCUUCUCCUUCAUUUUCUUCCGCAAGAAAAGGUGGGUGCCUUCGCGCCAAUUUUGGUAACAAACCGGCGGUCAGGAUUGAGGGGUUUGAUUGCCUCGACAGGGACAACCGCCGCAAUUGCAGCAUCCCUGCCCUCGCCUGAAAAAUCAAACCCUUGAAGUUCCGAAUCCAAAUCCAUACAAAGUACAUAAAAAAUCAGAUAAGUUCAGCAACCAGUUUAAAAUUCUAGCAAUUUUGAAGAGAUAUGAGAGAGAUACAUGAAGCAGAUUUGGUUACUUUUAGUGUAAAUAGGAAGAAGGUCUGUAAUCUGUAUGUAAUUAAUUAGUAGUUAAUCGUUAAAAAUAAUUGGGGAAAUUGGAGAAUGGAGAGUGAGGGAGUUUGUGAUGAUGGUGUUUUUGUUUGGUUAAAUUUACGGUUUUACCCCUUUGGUGAUGACUUGUAAGUAUAGAAGAAGAUCAAGAGAGGGGUAAUUACCAAAAGUUGAAGAAUUCUUUUUGGUGUUUUUUAUUAUGUAAGAAUUAAGAGGAGUGAGUCAGAGAGAGAGAGAGAGAGAGGAUAUUGCGACUUUAUGAAGAGAAGAAAUUUGUAUAAAAUUGUAAGGUCGCAUAUCGAGGUCGAUCUUUUUAUUUGUAGCAUUUUGAUAUUGUAAAUAUGAAUAUGUGAUCUUUUUUAUAAAGGUUAUAUUUCUCGUUU